GAAAGACUAAGCACAGACAGCAGGGAAGCUGCGAUGUCUUGUCAUGCUGGAGGAGCAGAGGGACCAUGAAGACACGAGCAGUAACAUGAUUACGAUUCACAAUAAUGAAUUCUAUACCGCUAUUAUGGAUGAAGAUGUGGGAAGUAUUGAGGAUAUGGCAAAAAAGCACGGGCGCAACCUUCCCAUCCAGGUACAAGUCGGUGAACCUGGGAACAUUUUCUGGAAGGGCCCCCCCCUUCACCUGGCUGCCUCUUACAGACGAGUAAAGAGCAUGCAGAACCUGCUGUCAUUAGGAGCAGACCCUGGCAUCAGGGACCAGCACGGUCGAACCACAUUACACCGGGUGAUGACCAGUUGGCCGCGUACCUCGACUCCUUGGACAAAACCAGAUUCCAACUUCCAGAAUGCUGUGAUCGGCGCAUGCAGGAAGGCAGAGGCCUGUCUACAGCUCCUCUGUGAGCAUGGUGUGAACGUCAACGCAGAGGUAGAGAGGGAGAGUCUGGAGACGGCUCUCCACCUAUCAGUGCGCUAUGCUGCUCUGUUUGCAGUCCAAACCCUCACCAGCCACGGUGCUGAGGUCGAUGCCGUGAACAGCACCGGGAUGACGCCCUUGCAUAUGGCCGCAGGGAUCCUUCAUAAGGACAUCCUUGUUAACUUGAUCAAACACGGAGCAGAUAUCAACAGGGGGGUGAAGCACACAGGAAGCACAGCUUUACACCUAGCUGCUGUGGCAAUGGCCAUGAAGAGCGCUAAAACACUGGAUGACGACAUUAACUGCAUUUCCGAGCUGCUGGAGCACGGGGCCAAGACCGACACAGAGAACAAGGCCGGACUAACACCUUUACAGGAGGCGUGCUGCAUGGGCAAUGAGGAGGUGGUGGACCUUCUGCUCAGGUACGGAGCAGACAUCAACAAGCUGAGCCGAGCAGGGGAGAACUGUCUGUUUCUGUUCCUGAACCACAGGACCAACGUGAACAACAGCUCCCUGCUGGGGAAACUAAUCAACCUGACAUCCCCGCUCACCGUCUACAACCAAAAAGGUCUCCUUCCCUCAACCCUGACAUUACCGUGUUUCUGCAAGCAGCGAGAACAGCUACUGAAACUCAUUCAACAACCAAGAAGGCUUCAGGAUAUUUGUAAGAGUUGUAUUUAUUUAAAACAUGUACAACGCAAGAAAGGGGAACUGACAAAAAUGCUGCCCGAGAGGCUGUGGGACUUUGUCUUCAACUCCUGGGAGAACAUACAGGACAUCUCCUUUCUGACUGAUGACGGACUCGUUAGGUAACAGCUAGAAACACAAUUUAAAUCUAAAAACAACACAUAUGAACAGAUGCCCAUAAAAAAAAAACAUGAAAGCAUCUUACCUUCAGG